UGGGGGACAUGACCAGUGAAGAGGUGGCUGCUUUGUUGAUGGGAGUCAGAGUUCCUCGCCAGCCGCACCGGAACGCCACCUACCGCCCAGCACCGGGCAGCCACGUGCCAGAUGCUGUGGACUGGCGGGACAAAGACUGCGUCACAGAUGUGAAGACCCAGGGGGCCUGUGGUGCCUGCUGGGCCUUCAGUGCUCUUGGGGCCCUGGAAGCCCAAGUGAAGCUGAAGACUGGGAAGCUGGAAUCACUGAGUGCUCAGAACCUGGUCGACUGCUCCACCAUGUACGGGAAUCACGGCUGCAAUGGUGGGUUCAUGACUGAGGCCUUCCAGUACAUCAUCGAUAACCAUGGCAUCGAUUCGGACAGCGCCUACCCCUACACUGCUCAGAAUGGGACGUGCCACUACGACCCAGCCACGUGUGCCGCCACCUGCUCCAGGUACUUUCAGCUCCCAUAUGGCGAUGAAGCAGCCCUGAAGGACGCUGUUGCCAACAUUGGACCCAUCUCGGUCGCCAUAGAUGCGACUCUGACUUCAUUCUUCCUUUACAAAUCAGGUGUCUAUGAUGAUCCAGGAUGCACCCAGAUGGUGAAUCAUGCGGUCCUUGUGGUUGGCUAUGGCACACUCAAUGGACAGGACUACUGGCUUGUGAAGAACAGGUAAUGAGAAUCUGUCACUGAACCAUUUUU